UCCUGAUUUGCAAGAUUUGAUUUCCACACGUGUUAUAUUACAUUCCCGUAUUAUACCUAAGGUACAGCAGGGGGGGCUUUCAAUUCAUUUCAUUCAUUCAAACUCGAAGCAAAUCAAAUCAUUCGAUUCGAUUCGAUUCCCAAUUCGAUUCAUUUCAUCUGGCCGCUUACUUUCCAACGAACACCACUCCGAAGAAAGAGAGAGAGAGGGAGAGAGAGGGAGAGGGAAAAUGUCCACACACACAGCACCCAAACAACAACCACCUUCCCCCCUAAUAACGCACUACCUACCACCCUCCAGCCCAUUACACAUCCUAACAUUUAUCCUCUGUCUUCUAACCUUCAUCCUCUUCCUCCUCACUCCCCUCCUCCCCCUCCUUUCCCCCCCAUCUCCCCUUUCCCCUCUGUCCACCCUCCUCACCCCCCUUCUCACCACCCUCCUCCCCAUAAUCCGUCUAAUCCGCAUUCCAGUCCUGAUUAUCCAUGCUGGUGAAGCAUGGUGGAUGAGUCAGAGAUUAGAAAAAGAGGGAGGGUUGAGGAGAGGAGAGAGUGUUUGGUGGAUGUGGACCCUGAGUGCGUUUUUGGAGGGCUGGGGUGCGUUAGUAAGGGUUGAUGGGUUGUUGAAGAGGGGGAAUGGGGGGAAGAUGGGGAAAGGGGGGGAGGGGAAGGGGAAGGGGAAGGGGAUGUGGAUGUGAAAAGAAAAAGGAAAAAGGGGGCGUUGCGAAUAGGGGGGAGGAAAAGGGGGGGAAAGGGGAAAGAUUUGGUUCGUGCCGUAUGAGAGGGGUGGAGCUUAAUGGAUAGGGUGGAGAGAAAGAAGCUUGAUAUUUAUGCAUUGGAAUGCGAAAAGAAAGAAGCUCUUAGAGAGAGGCAGGGGGCUUGCAGGACAGUAAGCUGGAAUGGAGGUUUCGAAGCACGAAGCACGGAGCACAAGCACGGAGACGGACAAAGAGCGAGGAAAGGGAAUAGGGAAGUGCAAUUCAU